GUGAAACUGGAAGUUGUCUUGAUUUUGUUCAGGCUCCAUUUUGAGUAAUCAGAGAAGAAAACUCAAAACCGAAGAAUAGAAAAUAAUAAAAUCCACCAUGGACGUUGCAGACCGCCUGUGUGACCGACUCCUGGCCUGGCUUGACAUUAGGAGGGACUGUGUCUCUAAGCUACUGGCCUUGGCUCGAUUCCUGGAGAGAAUGAGAGAGGCAACCAACGUAGCUCAGGUUUCCGGCAGUGCAGUGGCCGUGGUCGGGAGCCUGUCUGUGAUUGGUGCAGGGGCGCUGACCUUCUUCACAGCGGGUCUGGCCACACCGGUGCUGGUCAUGGCAGUGGGGGGCACCACGGCCUCCCUUACGGGGGCAGCAAUCAGCGCCGGCGCAUCGAUCAUUGAACAGUUCAAGUCCAGCAGCACCAUGGAGGAGGCCGAGGGGGUCAUCAAGAGGGAUUUGGAGAUCGGACAGGAGAUCCAGAAACUUCUAACAGAGUUCUCCGAGGAGUGCGAAGGGCAGGGGCUCCCCUGUGACGGAGACUCCAAGCAGCACCAAAUGACUGACCGUUUACUACAGGCGAUGGCCAGACGGAGUGGAAUUCACUUGCCUGACAACUUCCUGGAUCGGCUGAAAUCAGCCACAUUCUCAGCCGCCGUGUCUGGAUCCGUUUCAUUUUACACUGCCAUGCAGUGUAAGCUGGCCUCCCCCGUCUUCAAAAAGCUCCUCAUCAAUGUACUUCAAGAUGUGGGAUACAUAGGGUUAAAGCAGCUAACCAAAGGGGCAGCAAGGGUUGCAGGAGGUGUGUUUGGCCUGGUUCUCUCCCUCCCAGAGCUGCUGGAGUCCACAGGUGAAAUGAUCCGGGGAACCACAUCACACAGGCCAGCAAAGCCCUGCGAGAUGCAGCCCAGAACAUUGAGGAAGCCCAGCAGGAGAUCAGAGACAAGCUGAAACCCAUCCAGGAAAUGUUACAAGAGAUGGUUGAAGUUCAUCAGGCCUUUAAAGACCUGGAUGAAACCACAGACAUCACUGACAGGAAGUUCAAGAUCAUAACUGAAUAUGUGUCAAACUACUACGCAGAUGCUUUGGGAAGGCAGUGGCUUCAGAAAGAAAACAACCAGAAAAGACAGAACAGAUUGCCCCGUCCGAUACCUUGGACCAGCUUCCACUUCAGCAACAGAUGGUCCCUCAGAUAAACGUUGUGGAUCAGAUCAUACCUACCCAGGUCAUCCCUCAGGUGAGUAAAGACACUUCCCCGAUAGACCAGGUUCUUGAAAGACCACAGCUGCUAGGGAACCAGACAGAACAGAUUGCUCAGUCUAAUACCUUGGACCAGCUUCCCCUUCAGCAACAGAUGGUCCCUCAGAUAAACGUUGUGGAUCAGAUUUUACCUUCCCAGGUCAUCCCUCAGACCCAGUCCACUAGCUCCUCUGAGUCACAGAGCUCUGACCAGAGUCACUCAAAGAGCUCUCCAGAAAACACUUCUGAAGACACGGCCUCAGAGGAACCUGACCAUUCUGAAGACACAACCUCAGAAGAGAUCUUGAACCAAAUCCAGAACCAGGCCCAGCCUCUUCAUAACAGUAGUAGUAGUAGUAGUAGUAGUAGUAGUAGUAUUAGUAGUAUUAGUAGUGAGAGCACUGAGAGUGACUCCCUGAUGCGUCUGGACCAGACCGGUCUGAACAUGGAGACGCAGGACGACAGCCGGGGCAGCCAUGAGAACCGACGCAGGAACCCUCUGUCUGCCUUCCACAUUUACCUGAAGAGGAGUCACUUACCUGUGGUGGGAGGAGCAACAGGAGCGUUGGGGGGGGGGACAGGUGAAGCAGGGGGUGAGAAGGGCGGGGCAGUGGGUGAGACAGCAGGAGGGUUGGUGAGGGCCGAGACACUGGCCCCUCCCACAGUCUGUAGAGGUGACACCGGCUGUCUUAGCAACGAGCUGAUGUCUGAACUGGGGGACGAUCACCCUGGCAACCAGCAUGGCAAACAUGGGUUCAUGUGGCCCAACCAGGAGGAGAGAGAAAUGACACUGGACCUAAAGAGAUAAGAGGAAGGAGGGAGGUUUGGGAGGGAUACAAUUCAACUAGAAUGAAUACUGAAUGAAUACUGAAUGAAUACUGAAUUAAUACUGAAUUAACACUGAAUUAAUACUGUAGAUGUGGACUUCCCAGUCUUAUUUCAUAACAUCAUGUUAUGUAAUAUAUUGAUAAGGAUAGCAAGCACAUUCCUAGAAUUAUAAUCAAUCAUGUUAUGGUCAGUUAAACUUUUACUAUUUACUAGUAAUAUAACCAUGUUACAGUCAUGUUUAAAAUCCAUUUACUGGAAAUAUAAUCUGUCGUGUUUAAAAUCCAUUUACUGGGAAUAUAAUCUGUCGUGUUUAAAAUUA